AUGAGAUAUUCACGUAGUCAGAGUCGUAAUAGAAGUAUUCAAAAAGAUGAAAUAGAUGUAAAAUUAUCAUCACAGAUAACAAAUCUAUUUUGUAGCACAAAAAAUGAUACCAAAAAUAGUGAUGUUCUUAGUACAGAUACAUUAACAUAUUCUCCCAAAUUUGAAUGUAUCCUUGCUCAUGGAUCUUCGGUAGCUUUUGUAAGUAGUUUUAAAAAUUUACCAGAACUUUAUAUCAAUAUUGCUAAAGCAUUUAAUAUAUCUCCUGAAGAUAUACUUUAUUGUACUGCUAAUACAAUGAAAAUUGAUCCAUCAACAUUUAUUACAAAUAAUGUUAAUUUUGGUGAUGUAAUUUAUGCUCAUAUCAAAGGACAACGUAAAGAAGUUCAAAUUACUAAGACUGGUGAAGCUUUAGGAAUAACAAUUACAGAUAAUGGUGCUGGUUAUUGUUUUGUAAAAAAAAUCAAAUUAGGAAGUACUUCUGCUUUAGCUUUUCCUGCUAUUUCAAUUGGUGAUCAUAUUGAAAAAAUUAAUGGAGCCACAAUGGUUGGAAUGACACAUUGUAAUGUUGCUAGAGUUUUAAGAAAUAUUGCUAUUGGUGAAUCUUUUAUAGUACGCCUCAUUGAACCAUACAAAACUGGCUUUAGUCAUAUUUCAACCAGAAGUAGUCGUAUACCAAAUAAAACUACAAUUGAUAUUACAAGUGGCACAGGGACAUUACGCUUCAAAGCUAAUGGAGAUGUUGUUAUCCAAGAAGCUCCGGAUAAAAUGAUUAUUUCUGCGAUGAAUGAUAUUUUUGAUUCAUAUCUUGGAUUACAUGAUGAUGAGUUAGCUUUAUCUAUAUGGGAACUUGGUCGUGAUUGUCAAGAUGUCAUGGAAUUAACAAAAAAAAUAAAUGAAAGUGAAAUUAAUAUUUUUGAGUUUCCUGAUGAGUUAAUUUUUGAUAUGUGGGGUGUCAUAGAUGACUUUAGAAAAUCUCGUCUUUCCAGUCAAACUGUUAAAUCUGAUUAA